UUUGAUGAGUUAAUAAUGAUAUUUGGGAAAUAAAUUAUAUGUUGCUUGGUUUGGUGGUUUUUGCUGGGACGAGACAACCUACCAGUGGUUGCAGCAGAGAGAGAGAGAGAGAGAGAGAGAGAGAGAGAGAGAGAGUUUUAACUUUUAAUAAUACUAAUAGUGGGUUACUUACUUGCGUUUGCGUUGGUGAGAGAGAGAGAGAGAGAGAGAGAGAGAGAAGUUCAUUGCUCAUUGCUCAUUGUUCUAAGUGUAAAGUGAGGGAGAUGGAUACUGUCAUGAAGAUGGGAUCUCAGCCUCAGUCUCUGACUCGGCGUCAUCCCCACUCUCUUUGAUUCUCUUCUUCAAUCUAAUCUUCCUUCAGCUUUCAGUAUUACUUUGAUUGCAACUUGGACAAACUGGUACUGUUUUGUAAUUACUUGCCUCUUUUGAGCUGCUUUGAGAAAGCCUGAUGGGUUCAAGAUUCCCAUCUCAUCAGCUCAGCAAUGGCCUGUACGUAUCAGGCCGGCCAGAACAGCCAAAAGAAAAGCCUCCGACAAUGAGCUCAGUUGCCAUGCCCUAUACUGGUGGUGACAUCAAGAAGUCGGGAGAAUUAGGGAAAAUGUUUGAUAUUCCCAUGGAUGGCUCGAAAUCUAGAAAGUCUGGUCCAUUGAAUAGUGCUCCGUCAAGGACUGGAUCAUUUGCAGGUGCUGCUUCACACUCUGGACCUAUUAUGCAAAAUGCUGCAGCUCGUUCUGUUUAUAUAACAUCUGGUAAUUUAUCUGCUGGAGGCAUGUCUGCUUCAGCCUCAAUGAAAAAGACCAACUCUGGUCCAUUGAAUAAACAUGGGGAGCCAGUCAAGAAGUCAUCUGGCCCUCAAUCUGGUGGAGUUACACGCCAAAACUCUGGUCCAAUUCCCCCUGUUCUUCCUACGACUGGUCUUAUCACAUCUGGCCCAUUAAAUUCGUCUGGGGCUCCGAGGAAAGUGUCUGGUCCAUUAGAGUCUACAGGAUCAAUGAAAUCACAUAGUUCCUCUGUAGCUCACAAUCCUGCUGUGACUACUCUUAGCUUAGAUGAUGAAUAUUCCUUCAGGAGGAACUUCCCAAAGCCAAUAUUGUGGUCUGUGAUUCUGAUUUUUGUGAUGGGAUUCAUUGCUGGUGGUUUUAUUCUGGGAGCUGUUCGCAAUGCCAUUCUUCUUAUUGUUGUAGUAGUUCUUUUUGGUGCGGUUGCUGCGUUAUUCACUUGGAACAGUUGUUUUGGAAGGAAAGCCAUUGUUGGUUUUAUUUCACAAUAUCCAGAUGCAGAGCUUAGAACUGCCAAGAAUGGGCAGUUUGUGAAGGUUUCUGGGGUGGUUACCUGCGGUAAUGUUCCACUGGAGUCCUCCUUUCAAAAAGUUCCUAGAUGUGUGUAUACAUCGACAAGCUUGUACGAAUAUCGAGGAUGGGAUUCAAAAGCAGCCAACCCUAAACAUCGCCGCUUUACGUGGGGACUUAGAUCAGCUGAGAGGCAUGUGGUGGACUUUUACAUCUCUGAUUUCCAAUCUGGAUUGAGAGCAUUGGUUAAAACAGGCUAUGGUGCUAGGGUGACUCCUUAUGUUGAUGAUUCCAUUAUUAUUGAUGUUAAUCCGGCCAAUAAAGACAUGUCCCCCGAGUUUCUUCGAUGGUUAGGAGAGAGAAAACUUUCUAGUGAUGAUCGUAUAAUGCAAUUAAAAGAAGGGUACAUCAAAGAAGGUAGCACGGUCAGUGUAAUGGGAGUUGUUCAAAGAAAUGACAAUGUGCUUAUGAUUGUACCUCCACCUGAGCCUUUGACUACCGGAUGCCAAUGGGCCAAAUGUAUAUUUCCCGCUAGCCUUGAGGGUAUUGUUUUGAGAUGUGAAGACACGUCUAAGGUUGAUGUCAUUCCAGUGUAGUCAUCCUCUCUGGUAACCUCUUAGGUAUUCUUCUUUAAAGAAAAAUGUCUUCCCAUAUCCAAAAAAAUGGUGAUGGUGGUGGUUGUUGUUUGUAUUUUGUAAGCAUAUACGAGUUAUUGGUAAGUGUGAUGAUUCUGCCAUUGACGUCGGUGAUUUCUUCUUUUUUUUCCCCACACUACUCCUAGUUUGUUGUAUAGCUAAUGGAAAUUCUUAUUCGUUUAUUUUUCCUAAGGAUUUUAUACCUUUUUGAUGGACGUAUCAUAUAGUGAGAAGUUGUGUAUUCAGAAGGACUUUUGCUGUUUGAAACUGUCAAGGGAAUCUAUCAUACCCGAUUU